AUGGCUACAGAAAAUUUGCUUGAUGCUGAAAACCGAGCCAACAUUGAAGUCCUGGAAAGUGAAGGAGAAUUUACACUUUUACUAAAUGGUCAGAAAGAUUUAGAAUUACAAUUGGAUGAGUUUAGGAAAGCUUGCUCCGCACAUGAGAAACGUCGUAGGAAACGUUGCCGCAGACGCUAUUAUAACUUGGGUUUAAUGGCGAAAAUCGUCCUCAGAACGACUGAAGAUGAAUUAAAGAGAUUGUUGAAAAAUGGCACUAGGACAUUCCUCGUUGACACAGUAACAAACAAACCUAACGAGGUCGAAGAUUUAGUGGAAAUGUUAAAUCAUGUCCUUGAAGACUAUCAGAGUGAAGACACUUCGAUGAAAUUAGUGACAGGCUUGGCUGUAGAAAUUACAGGUGAUUCUUGUCGUGUCAGUCGUACGCACAACAAUUGCUCGAUAUUUCUGAAUAAAGGAGACAUAACAAACCUAACCAUAGACACAUGUUACAAAUAUUCCUCCUUCAAGGAAAUUAUGUAUGUUAUCAAUCUUAAGUAUUAUUUGCCUACCCUAAAAUUAUGUGACGAAAUUAAGAUUGGUCGGGAGGUACGAGGCAAAGUCGUCAAAAAGCUCAAGAAUAAUGUCGCUGUCUUCAUUGAGGAUCCAGGUUUAAUCAAUUCUUAUGAAUACAUUGAACUGCCUAAUCAAUGUUACUCUUUACAAAUUCAAACUAUGCCCGAUAUUUUCAAAGACGAUCUGGCGCUUGCCACAAAAGUUAAAGCAGACUAUAUUGUGAUGCCGCUUAUACGCUGUAUGCCAUUUUUGAAGGUGUUACGGUACAAUUUGCAGGAGUACCACAAGUUCAAAUUGAUUGGCACUAUCGAUCUGGAAUAUGUUAGUUCAAAAAUGCUGGAUCUUAUGGGAAUCAUUAAAUUGUUGGACUUCUUGUGGCUCCCUAACCUUUUCAAUUUAAGUACUGGUUUACACGCUUACAUUUGUCAAGAUGUUAUACCAAUAGCAAAAUGCCUAAAAAAACCAGUAAUUGGUACGGUACCAUUGGAGUGCUGUAGUGACUUCAAGGUCUUCGAAAAUCACGAGUUCCUGUGGAAAAUCGAUUGCAUCUUUAUUGAGAAGAGUCAAUGGUGUAAUAAAUAUCCGCUAAUAGUGAAGAAGUUACUGCCUAUCAAAGAUUUUCGCAUAGGUGUUGUUGAUAAUGCUUCGACUUUAAAAGAUAUAUUAUUCUCAUACCAGUCGAUUGUGAAUUUUAUAAUACGCACUAUCAGUUCUAUAGAAUGUCAAGCGAUAUUUUUGUAUAGCAAAUGUGAAGGAGCAACCACUGCAUUGGCACGUGUCGAAAUUUAUUGCCCUGUUUACGUUAUGCUACCACUAGAACAAGCGGAUUCUGAUAAAGAUGAACAAAAAUUAUACCCCAUUGAAUUAGCGAAGUCUCUAAACCUCAGACGUAACUUACGUUGCAUCGUCUAUACGAAGGAAAUGAAUUUCUGCGAGUAUAAGCCGAUCGAGUAUGGAAUUGAGUACGCUCGUCGGGUUGGCUGUUUGGAGACUGGCGACUUUGUUAUUACAUUGGAAGUAUGCAAAGAAGGUGGUGAAAACAAGGUAGAAUUGGGCGUAGGCGAAGAUGUGGUUAUAAUGCGAGCAUUCUAUCUGCCACCCCCGGUACCGGGAGAAAAAUACCUUUGCAACUAA